UGCACUUGCAGUUAUAACAGCAGAACGCGACUGGAGCUUCGUUUACGCGCAAACAGAGAGCAGCCCGAUCAGCCGAGGCUCUGCCGAAACUUCUCCCGUUUCUAUUUGCACACCCCGGAGGAAUCUCUCACCUCUCAGGAGCAACCAUGGAUGAAAUGGAGGAAGAGUUAAAAUGCCCUGUUUGCGGCUCAUUUUACCGGGAGCCCAUCAUACUGCCGUGCUCCCAUAACAUUUGCUUAGCCUGUGCUCGGAAUAUUCUUGUGCAGACCCCCGACGCAGAGUCUCCACAGAGCAGCCGAGCCUCCGGGUCCGGGGUAUCCGAUUAUGAUUAUCUGGAUUUGGAUAAAAUGAGUUUGUAUAGUGAGGCGGACAGUGGCUACGGUUCCUACGGGGGCUUCGUGAGCGCUCCGACCACCCCUUGCCAAAAAUCACCGAACGGGGUUCGGGUUUUCCCCCCGACUGUCCCUCAGCCGCAGCAGCAGCACCUUCUACCGCACCCCGGCUCCUUAACUCCGAUCCCUCGUAACUCUUGCAUCACCUGUCCGCAGUGUCACCGCAGCCUCAUCCUGGACGACAGGGGACUCCGCGGGUUCCCCAAGAACAGGGUGCUGGAGGGGGUGGUGGACAGGUAUCAGCAGAGCAAAGCGGCCGCUCUCAAAUGUCAGCUCUGCGAGAAGAGUCCAAAGGAGGCCACCGUGAUGUGCGAGCAGUGCGAUGUCUUCUACUGCGACCCGUGCCGCCUGCGCUGCCAUCCUCCCCGCGGUCCACUCGCCAAGCAUCGCCUGGUGCCGCCGGCGCAGGGGCGGAUAAGUCGCCGCGCCAGUCCCCGCAAAAUUUCCACUUGCACAGAGCACGAACUGGAGAAUCUCAGCAUGUACUGUGUACAGUGCAAGAUGCCUGUAUGUUAUCAGUGUUUGGAGGAAGGGAAACACGGCACGCAUGAGGUCAAAGCUUUAGGCGCAAUGUGGAAACUGCACAAGGGUCAACUGUCCCAGGCCCUCAACGGCCUGUCAGAUCGAGCCACUGAGGCCAAAGAGUUCCUGGUCCAACUAAAAAAUAUGGUCCAGCAUAUCCAGGAGAACGGUGUGGAGUUUGAGGCUUGCUUGGUGGCGCAGUGCGACGCCCUCAUCGACGCCUUGAACCGGCGCAAGGCCCAGCUGCUGUCUCAAGUAAACAAAGAGCAUGAACACAAGUUGAAGGUGGUGCGGGAUCAAAUCUCCCACUGUACAGUGAAGUUGCGUCAGACCACAGGCCUGAUGGAGUACUGUUUGGAGGUCAUCAAGGAAAAUGACCCCAGUGGUUUCCUGCAGAUCUCUGAUGCUUUGAUUCGGAGAGUCCACAUGACAGAGAGUCAGUGGGGAAAGGGGACCCUAACCCCCAGGAUGACCAGUGACUUUGACCUCACUCUGGACAGUGGACCUCUCCUGCAAACAAUCCACCAGCUGGACUUUGUACAGAUGAAAGUCCCAGCUGCUCCCAUGCUCCAGCUGGAGGAAUGCUGCACUCAGAACAACAGCGCCACAUUGUCAUGGAAACAGCCACCACUCUCCACCAUCGCCGUGGACGGAUACAUCCUGGAGCUUGACGAUGGAAACGGGGGGCCAUUCAGGGAAGUGUACGUGGGGACGGAGACCAUCUGCACAGUGGACGGGCUCCACUUCAACAGCACGUACAAGUCCAGGGUGAAGGCCUUCAAUGCCAGCGGAGUGGGCCAGUACAGCAAGACACUGAUCAUGCAGACCUCUGAGACUGGACUCCCUCCAUGUGAUAUUCAGUCUAUAGGCACAGUUGCUUGGUUCACCUUUGACCCGGCGUCCGCUCACCCUGACAUCAUCUUCUCCAACGACAACCUGACGGUGUCGUGCAACAGCUAUGAUGACCGAGUGGUCUUGGGGAACACUGCUUUCUCUCGAGGUGUUCAUUACUGGGAAAUGACCGUUGACCGCUAUGACAACCACCCUGACCCAGCCUUCGGCAUCGCUCGGAGUGACGUCCUGAAGGAUGUGAUGCUAGGGAAGGAUGACAAAGCCUGGGCCAUGUAUGUGGACAAUAACCGCUCCUGGUUCAUGCACAACAACUCUCACACCAAUAGAACAGACGGUGGCAUCACUAAAGGAGCUACAAUAGGAGUGCUGCUGGACUUUACACGUGGGAUUCUCAUCUUCCUCGUGAACGAUGAGCAGCAGGGCCCAGUGGCAUUCGAAGGCUUGGAGGGCGCUUACUACCCCGCUAUCAGCCUCAACCGAAACGUCCAGGUCACACUGCACACUGGUCUACCCAUCCCUGACUUCUACACUCCUGGGGAGGCUGAUCCAACUGGCUCAGUGUGCUGAAAACUCAACACCAUCCGAUUUAAGGAAACCUCCCCAGCUUUCCCGAGGUUCCUCCUGCCAGUCAGAAACUCUUUAAAACCCUCGCCAACUCCCUCUUCCCUUCUCCUUCUCUUUUGUUCCUGACCAACUGACCCCAAGCAAUCUGGAAGAGGUCCCAUCCAGCGCUGAGCCAUGCCUUUAUCAUGCAUAAACCCCGGACUCGUGGUCCAUCCUUAGGACACUGUCAGUAUGGAGGGUGCUUUGCUGUCUGUACCCUGUAUUUUGAUAUUAUGAUGCGUUCCAGUUGGUUGAAGAAGAAAAUUUCCCAGCUGAUGGACUUGGAAUGUUUUUAGAAAAGUGUUUAUAAUGUGGGCUUCAAUUAAUAGUUUGACAUUUUGGGGAAAUACACUCAUUUGUUUUGCUUUUGUUUUUCCAAGACUUAGAUUUGGAUUAUGGAGCCCAUCUUAGCAUAGCUUAUCAUAAAGACUGAAAACAAUGGGGAGGAAGCUAGCGUGGGCGCCAACUUUCAACCUUUUUUUUAAAUAUUUUGAUUUAAAUAUACAUAUUUAAAUAGAGUGUGGCUGCCCAUUUCCCCUUUGCCCUGUCUUUAUGCAAAGCUAAACUAAGGGACAUCUGGCUGUAGCUUCAUAUUUAGUGGAUAGCCAAGAAAGUGGUGUUGUUUUGUAAAUGAGUUUAUAAGAAAAAAAGAGCCCCCAUCAUACCAUCCACAUACAGUUCAAUAUAUCCUAUUUUUCAUGCUCAUCCCUCUCUUUUCUUUUUCAAAAACACAUCUUUUCCUCCUCAUGAACACACUUACAGGGAGGGAGAAUGAGAGGUCAUGUGUAUGAAAGCGUGUGAGGAUUGGUUGAGAUGGGUCAGCAGCCGUAACGAUCCAAGGACGAGAGCAAUAGCCUGACUCUCAGCCGUGUCACUGUCAUAUCCUCGUUCGUAUAAAUGAAACGCUUUUCUUAGUGGCUUAGCUUGUGUGAACCUUCUGUAUCGUUUGUAUAAAGAAAAAGGAAAAAUUACAGUAUCAGCCUGAAAUACUCCUGGAAGCGAGGCCUUCAUGCACCCUUUCUCCACAGUGCAGCUCUCAAAACAGGAAAGAGGGGGUUUUGGAUUAAUAUAUCAUAUAGAAGUGAGUUUGAAUAAGGUGCUACAGCAGCUCGCUUAGUUCUGGCUUUUUUAAAUGUAGGUGAUUGAGUACUGGUAGUUUUUUAUUAUUGUUAUUCAAAUGAUCUAUUACAAAGAGGUGUAUAGCUAAAUAAGUUAUUGAUGUUCAGAGUUUUUCAACGAAAGUUCUUCAUGUUUCCUUCAGUUGAUACAUAGCUGUUACAGAAAGAAAUGAAACAUUUUGUCGCCUUGAAAAUGUACUUCAGAGUUUGUUUUUUUCGUGCUGAGGAAGCUUCUCAGUUGAAUUUCAUUAGAGAGCAACAGGAGAGGAAAGCGACGCUGGGCUGUUUUUGUGGCAUCACAUCUGGCUUCCUCAGUGGGCCACAAUGUCAGACCAGCAGUUUGAUUUAUUUAAGAUUAAGCCAUGCUAAGUGCUAAUGUUACCAUGACAUUAUGACAAAGAAAAUGCCAACAUGCUGUGUUUAGCAGGGAUAAUGUUUACUUUGUUUAGCUCAAAAGUGUGAACACUUGCUAACAAGCUCUAAAAAGCACACAAGGUUGAGGUGAGUGACAUUAGUUUGCAUUUGUUUAGUCAAAAAGUUAUAUUAGCACCAAAUUGUAUUAGAAGCUAGCUACAAUUACUAAUACAUUAAAUCAUGGUUCGUUUCAACUGGUUUAGGGCCCCUGGGGAAAAAACAGCUGUGCAUCCUCAUUGAUUCCCUCAAAAUAUGAACCCUGCUGCCUCCAAGUUCUCUUAAAUCAUGGUUAAAUUAAAUAUUAGUUUGUUUUGGAAAAUGCAUACCAUGACUCAGAUGUACAGUUCUAUGCAAAACUCUUGAGCCACCCCUGUAUUUCUUUACAUUUUCCUUCCAAUGAACCAGAUGUUUAAAGCAAUAGUUCUCCAGACUUUCUCAAGGCUUUGGUGCUUUUUCACUCAUUUUCAGUUGAGCCCUUGUACUUGACCAUUUUGAGAAAAAUGUUUUUGUUUGUUAAGCUUCUCAACACUGACCUAUCACUAAAACAUUUAAAAGACAUCUAACUUAAGUGAUGAAACAAUGCUGUGUCUACACAAAGAACCACUUUUAGGCAAUUUGUUACUAGCUGCCUGUCACAAAGCGCAUCAUUUGUUCCAAUUUUUUUAGUUAAAUCUAUGAAAUAUCUUAAACAUAACACAGUUUGGCAGAUGAAAAAUAGUAUUUUUGCACCAGGUUGUUUUCCAAAGAGCUAUUAGCUGAAAAUGUGACAUAUCUUGGUAUGGUGUGCAGUGUGUCCUUAAAACAUUUAAGGAAACUGGAAAAAGGGAGAUCAAAAGACGAAAUGGGAGGCCUAAAAAACUCUCUACAGCAGAUACCAACAGAUUUUGAUCCAACAUGCAAUACCAUCUGGAAAGCAUCUGACUGGCAACAGAUCAGUCGCACAUCAUCAGGAAAAUAAUCGGUCAUGGACUGACCUCCCCAGAGUCCAAACCAAGCAAGAUAUAAAGAAAAGAGAGGUAGCUCAAGACUUUUGCACAACUUAAAUGAUCCUAAAACCACUGAGCCCCUCAACAACAUAGGACUGGAUUGAUGGCAGACAAUCCACCUUAGUCGGUACUGUAUUUCUAACGAUGAGGGUCAAGACACUUGAAAGUUCAAACAGUUCAGUAACACUACAAAUUCUUUCUUCCACAAACUUCAUUGGACACCAUAACCUUCAGGAUGAUGAGAUUCUGUUCAGAGCUCCUAUGUUAGUCUGAUUUAAUUUUCGGUCAGUGUGCCUGAUAACUCACACCAGAAGGUAAAUCAACCUGAGAGGAACAUGAAUGUAUCUGAGCUACAGAAUUCAACCAACUGCAAGACGCUGCCAGUCAAUGCUCAAGUCAAAAUGUAGAAUGAUCCAUUUGAGGGAACUGCUGCCCCUUCAGGUUGCUUGUAAAGUUUCCUGGAGCAUCGUAGCCCUGAGACAUACAUCAUACACAGAAGGUGCUAUCCUGUGUUUGAGCUUCAUGGGUGUGCCUUUUCCCCCUCUUCAGUACCCAAAAGAUUUAUGAAACUUUGCUACGAACUAGAUUCGUUGCUUCAGCAGAGUCAUCUGUAACAUCCGCGAUGCCUGAGUUCACCUGCUGCUACAUAUUUUUAUAUUGUGAAAGGGCAAAAUGAAACAAUGGUUAUGUUUGCUCCUGAUACAACCACAGCAUUGGGGAGAAAAAUCACAGUCAGGUUUGAUUUUUUUGCUCUUUUCCUGUCCCGUGUAAUUACAGUGAUUGUAAUUCAUGUGGCACUGCUAAAAUGGCUGCACAAAGAAAAUAUAACUUACAGUAUGACAGAGUACGUGCAUGUAUACUGACUGCAGCAUUCAGCAAGCUGCACAGCCUUCGCUCCAAGGCUGAAUUCAAGCUUUGAUUUAUGCAACAUUUAACUGGCUGCUUUUCAAGGUAAGCCCUUUGUUCAGCCAUAAUUAUGAUAGCGGAAAAUAACGCAUUCAGCAGUGGGUCACUCAGCGACGAGAGCUUCUUUUCAAUCAUAGGCAGACAAGUGCAGCCAUUAUCAAAGCAUUGCACAACCUCAGAAUCCAGGACACGUGAACAAUGUGGCUUUAACUCAGCAAAAUAGUUCAUUGGAGACAUUUUCCAUAUGUCUAAUGUAAGAUUGCGCACACUUGUGUAAUAUUCUGUGAGAAUAUUUAAACUUCUUUGAUUUAAAAAGAUGACCUGAAUCUGUGUUUCUGAACUGAACACUUGGGGUGCUGACAUUCAAAAGUGUGUGAUUGUAACAUUUAUUGUUUCUAAACCAGCCAUAUAUACUUAUACAACAUUAAAUAGAUUAACCCGGGGAUGAUUUAAGUCUACUGUAAAGCCUCGCCAAAUAUGGAAACUAUUUCUUAAAAGGACUGCACUCAGUCGCUGGGCGACACUGGGUGUUAUAUCUCCAAAUGUACAUACAUACAGUCUAUGUGUGUAUGUGUGUGUGCGUGUGCACCUGUGAAUGUGUGUGUGUAUUACCUUCAUUAUGACCUCAUUUCACCUCCAAAGUGAUUCCUUUUUUUGCCCCAUUUGAUCCGAAGUGGAAUGUCAUCGCUUAUUAUUAUUUCCAGUGAACCUGAAAUAUCUCUGUGGAGAAUUUUAUCAAUGUAUUACUAUGAUUUUAUCAAAGUAUAAUUACUAUGAUUGUUCCAGUGUCUAUCAUUACCAUAUUACUGCUAUUAUUCUGAUGAUUUGAAGUAUAAUAUGAGCCUCUGUGUUUUCUGUAUGUGUGAAUAUUCAAUAAAUA